AACAAUGUAACGACGCCACUAUUCAGAAAUCACGUGAUGUACAAUUAGUCAUAUGCUGCGGGACAGUCAUUGUGUAGUUUCAUUCCGUUGUAUACCUAACCCACGGUGUAAUCAGGUAAUGGCUGAGGCCGGCAAACCAGACAGUUCAGCAAAAACGAAACAAGAGCAAAGCACGGAGGCUGCCAGAAGUGACGAAAUACUAUUACAAGACGCUCUGAUUGAGGCUGAAGGUAAAAAAAACAACGAGCCGCUUCAUUUUAAACAUCUCGAUCCAGCGGAUGAAGGUGAGGAAGAGGAAAUCACACGAAGAUGUAGCCCCUACCAAGAACGGGAAAAACAAAAGUCCGGCAAGUAGUACUUCCUUGUGUGAAGAUCGAAGUACUCCCGAGUGUCAUAUUUAAAUGUACAAACAUACUCCUUCUAGAGUGCCUUACUUACGUAACUUAAUGUUACAUGAUUUGAUUUGAUCUAUUUUGGUUAACAAUAAAUGUUCAACAUUAC